UGGAUGUAACAGGAGCUGGAAAUGUCUUUUAUUCAUGUGGACGAGAAUUCAGACUUUCCCAUUCAGAAUCUGCCAUACGGGGUUUUUUCCACCAAGGACCAACCCAGGCACAGGAUUGGAGUAGCCAUUGGCAACCAAGUGCUGGAUCUCAGUGCCAUUAAGCACCUGUUUGAUGGACCAAUCCUUUCAAAACAUCCCCAUGUCUUCAACCAGCCAACCCUGAACCAUUUCAUGGGACUAGGCUGGGAAGCCUGGAGGGAAGCCAGAGUGUUUCUCCAAAAGCUGCUCUCUGCCAACGAGCCAACACUGAGAGAUAAUGUGGAAUUACACAAAAGUGCAUUUGUACCUCAGACUUCUGCUGUGAUGCACCUUUUGCUGAAAUCAGUAAGUGGAGACUACACAGAUUUCUAUUCCUCCUGGCAACAUGCUACUAAUGUUGGGAUCAUGUUCAGAGGGAAAGAAAAUGCAUUGAUGCCUAACUGGUUGCACUUACCCAUUGGCUAUCAUGGCCGUGCUUCUUCCAUUGUCGUAUCCAAGACACCGAUUCGGAGGCCGUUGGGGCAGAUGAGGCCUGAUGAUGACCAACCUCCAGUGUUUGGUCCCUGCAGACUUCUGGAUAUCGAGUUAGAAAUGGUGAAACGGACCUGGCAGCCCUACCGCAUGGGCACCACGUUGGGGAACAGCUUUUCCCACUGGUUUGCUUCAGAUGUAUGUGUAUCGGAAGAUGCCUUGACACCAAGCUGGGCUACUUAG